UGAACCUGAACCUGAACCUGAACCAGUCGCUGAACCGGAACCUGAGCCUGAACCGGCACCAGUACCUGGACCUUCUAUUCUUUCGGAGCUGAAGAAGUUGAAGAAGACCAAAAAGAGCAGCAAAUCGAGGGGGUUCAGUUUUGACGACCCGCCGCCGCCGCCUCCCGAGCCAGAGCCAAUCGCAGAGGAACCUGAGCCAGAGCCAGAACCAGAGCUGGAAGCUGAACCUGAACCCGAAGCUGAACCGGAACCGGAACCGGAGCCAGAGCCUGUUAAACUCACCCCCAAAGAGGAGCGGAGACUCAAGAAGUCCAAGAAGAGUAGCAAAACAAGGACACGUCAGCCUGAACCUGAACCUGAACCUGAGCCUGAGCCUGAACCCAUUAUCGAAGAAGCUCCUGAAGAAGCAGACCCUGACAUGGAUGACGACGAGGAAGCUCCCGAAAAACUUCCUACACCACCUCCAGAAGUUGCGCCUGAGCCUCCGUCGGAAUCUCCAAGAAAAGAGCGUGUCAAGCUAGGUCGCAGUGCUACCACCGCCGCUGGAGGAUGGGGCUUGUUUGGUGCAGCCAAGACUAAGACCAGAAGGGUGUCUGGUGGUGAAGACGGCGCCGGCCUUCCCGAUCGCACAAAGUCUGUACGAACCUCGUCCACUCGGGACAAUGACAUCAAGUCACGUUCAUCAGGCUCGGACAAGGUGCAUACAUCUAAGCCAACGGUUUCACGGUCCAAGACGGCCCGCGCUGGUACUGGGCUAGGUGCCAUGUUUGGUGUUGCUCCGCCCCCGCCUUCACGAUCAAAGUCACAUCGCACACCCAAGACGACGUCGCGCCGACCCUCAAUCGACCAGGACGCUGCUAUGAUGUCGCCGCCGCAAACAGACACUGAUGCGAGGGUCUCUUCAAAGGCCGCUAAGGUCAUGGGUAUGAAAAGCUCGUCGCGCAGGACCAGCACUCGGGACGCCAGAGAUAAGGGGAGGAGUCGAGCUGUUCCAGACCCGUAUCCUAUCGACGACGACCAAGAUCUUGACGAUGAGUCUCCUCCCCCAGCUCCCCGUCCAGAGCCAUCGCGUCGCAAAUCCAAGCGCGACUCUGCGCAACCCCUUGAACCCUUGACUGCACCGCCUAGCGCUGACGAUCCCAUCGUCGUCGACCCCAUGGACCUGGACCCUGCCCCAGCUGAGGCUGAGCGGCCCCGCCGCGAACGUGAGCGGGAGCGACCUCGUCGUGCGCGCGGUAACUCGGAUGCCAUGGGCACGCUUGCAGGUGUCGCAGGUACUGCUGCUGCUGUGAAGGGCUUCAAGGGAAUGUUUGGCCUUGGCCGCAAGAAGGCUGCGCCGGAAGAGGCACCCCGCGAGCGCCGCCGGACCGCCUACGAGACCGAAGACGAGCGCAGACAUCGCAAGCGAUCGACAACCCGCGGAGGCGCAACAGAGGAUGAGGCAAAGCGGCUGCGACACGAGCGCCGCAGUCUGCGCAAUCCACCUCCUGAAGACGUUAUGAUGUCAGGCGCAAAUGGCACCCCUGAGGACUACGAUGCUGAGCGAGAGGCUCGACGAGCUGAGCGUAGAUCCAAACGCGAUGGAGACAAAGGAGCCCGGCGCGCUGAGCUUGAGGAGGCAGAGGCCAAGGCAGAGCGUCGUCGCGAACGUGAGCGCGAGAACGAGCGUGCGACUCUUGCAGAGAAGAAGGCCCGUCAGAUGGCUGAGUUGGAGCGUCGCAACCAGGAGGCCGAGGAACAACUGCGUCGCAUGGCCGAGAAGGAGGAGCGAAAGAAGGCACGAGGCGAGCGCAAACCGCCAUCCGACGAACGAGAGCGCGAGAAACGUUCUUCGCGCCGCAAAGACAAGGACCGCGAAGAGCCCCGCCCAAAGACCGAGCGCCGUCGAACAGUGCACGUGGACGAAGACGCAGAACGCCGCCGUCGUCACGAAGAGCGCCGCGCCGCCAGACGCAACUCCGAAUACCCCGUCGCAGCCAGCGGCGAGCCCAUCACCGACUACUUCGACGAGCGCAACGGCGGGGCUCGCAAACACCGCAGUUCGCGCCAGGCCCGCGACGAGGAAGAGAACAUGCCGUACAUCAACAACAAAAGCGGCGACAAGACCUCCUCGUGGGUGGAAUCCCUCUCUAACGAGCCACCCCUCCCUCCACCCAUCUCCGAAACCGUCCUCGAUCCCGCCCCCGGCGCGCGCGAGACUCCCGAGGAAGACGAGGAAACCUUCUCGCAAGACGAAGAUAUCCGCCUGCGCAUUGCCGGCCGCAAGGGACCCAAGCGCGAUAAAGAACGCGCUGAGCGCCGUAAAGCAGAGGACAAGGAACGCGAUCGCGAUAGGACGCACAAACACAGUCGCCGAGCUACACACUACGAAGGCAUGAAGACGGUCGAUGACGACAGAGAGCGGAAGAGGGCGUCCCGCCGAACAAGCUACGUGCCUGCGUAUGAAGAGCCACCUGUCAGGACUUGGGAUGGCAGACCGGCCGUAGAUGGUGGUGCCCCGACUGCCAAGAGGGGAAGCUGGUUCAAGAAGAUGUUCUAAGCUGCGCCCUUCUCUUCUCUUCUUCUUCAACAACUCUUUUUGGUUACGAAGGACUUUGGUUACGAUGUAAUAUGGGUUUUACGAAAGAUUAUCUUGGAUGUGUAAAUGUUUUUGAAUUGGUUUGGAUUAUGGGAUGGACAGCGAAGCGAAAGCGUGGUUUGGAUCUUUUGCUUGAUAGCAUUGCGUGGCGCUUUUUGAUUCGUUCUCAAUCUUUCUUGUCUACUUUACUUACUUACUUUACUUCAUGAGAACUACUUCAUCUUCUUCAUCGCUUCCUUCUAUCUUAUUUGGUGUCUUUCGGCGACGCUGCUUUCUUCUUGUAAUACCCCUGGGUUUAGGAGUCUUUCCCGGGUACUUACGAACUGGAAGGCCGAUGGGAUGCGGAGGAACGUGGGAUAGAUACCCCUUUCUUUAGUAAUUUUCAAUGCCAGCAAACGUUGCAACUGUAU